AUGGCGAAGGACUCGACCGUUGAACAAACGAAGCAGACGCUGGUGCAGCGCUUCCGGGCCUGGGGAGAAAACUCCUUCCCACCGACUCUGCUCGCCUCGCUCAUCACCGCGCAACACAUGCGGCCCUUCCAAUUCUUCCCAAUGAUGUUCCCGCCUGUUCUUCUCUUCACCAGUUACGCGAACCUACAAGGCUUCAAGACCGACAGUGCCGGCAUCAGCGCGGCAUGGUCCGGCUUGUAUCUGCUUCUGGCCGGGCGGCGACGGCAACCGUUCAUGAAGAAGCUGGGGGCCCGGGGGAUUGUGCGCGGGGCGACAAUGGGUCUCUGCUUGGUCAAUAUGAUUGGGGGUGGGCUUGCAUACACGUUAGGGAAGCGGGAGGAGGAAGACGAUGAGUCUUGA